UAUACAUAGUACAAAGGACGAAUCAUUGCGCUACAUUCUUUUGGAAGAAUCGGAGGAAUUGAUGGUGCAUAUUUGUUGGGCGCGUUGUGUAUAACAGUGAUUUGUAUUCUUGAUAGUAAUCUUUAAUAUAAUCGUUUUCGUAAAUUUCUGAAAAUUUUACUAAAAAAGUUAGCUAUAACAAAAAAAUGGCUCCGCGUGCAGAAGCAGUGCCAAAGGAAAUUUCAGAAGUUUCAAAAGAUGUACCGAGUAGAGGAAUUAAUGCAGUUUUAUUAGGACCACCUGGUUGCGGUAAGGGUACACAGGCACCGCUAUUGAAAGAACGAUACUGUGUAUGUCAUUUAUCUACAGGUGACAUGCUUCGAGCAGAAAUUAAUUCUGGAUCCGCUAUUGGAACAGAAAUUAAAAAAGUAAUGGAUGAUGGUAAAUUAGUCAGUGAUGAUCUUGUAGUUAAUAUGAUUGAUAGUAAUCUAGAUAAACCUGAAUGUAAACGUGGUUUUUUGUUGGAUGGUUUUCCUAGAAGUGUACCACAAGCUGAAAAACUUGAUGAAAUGUUAAAGAAGAGACAAACCAAGUUAGAUGCUGUGAUAGAGUUUGGAAUUGAUGAUAAUUUGUUGAUAAAGAGAAUCACAGGUCGUUUAAUACAUCCUGCAAGUGGCAGAUCGUACCAUGAAGAAUUUUCUCCUCCUAAAGAACAUAUGAAAGAUGAUAUUACUGGAGAGCCAUUAAUUAAAAGAUCUGAUGAUAAUGCAGAAGCAUUGAAGAAACGAUUAGCAACAUAUCACACACAAACUCAACCUUUGAUUGAUUAUUAUACUUUACAAGGGGUUCAUUAUUAUGUUAAUGCAGCUCAAUCUCCUAAAAACGUUUUUAAAGACAUUGACCACAUUUUCCUAAAAACAACUAAAGAAGAGAAAAAGAAAGGUUUCUUCAGUUGGCUCUUUUAAAAUGUUGAAUAAAGAAAUAUACUUCGUUUUUCUCUUGUAAACUAAGGGCAAUAUGUAGUUAAUUGAAAAAAGCUUAAGUAUCAAAAUGACUUUUAACUGAAGUUAGUAAUCUAGGUAAAUGAUUUCCCAUUUAAAAACAAUUUACGCUACUUAGAGUCAGUACAGUGUGUAUUUUUUUGAACAACUAAUAUAGAGUACAUUGAAUGAAACAUUAAACAAAAGAAGAGAAAAUAAAAGUGCAUAGUGCAUUGGUUAAAUUGCAAAUAAUGUAUAUGUUUUAAAAAGAACUAUUACAAGCUAAUAAGUCAAAUGCACACAUUUUAAUAAUAGAACAAGUUUGAUAUAAUACUUUGAUAUGUAAUAUCAUUUAAGUGCAUAAGAGAAUAACGUAUGUAUAUAUAAUGGAAGACUUGAUUUAUUUACUUAAAUACUGUUAUAGAGUAUAUUUUCAUUUCUUUUACUGUAUUUCUUUGAGACAUACAUUUCGCAAGACUUGUAACAUUCUCUGCAUAAAAUAUAUAUAUCAUUCCUCAGACUUUUUAUAAUCGAAGAUUAUGUUUUGAAAUUUUUAGUACAAGAGAAAAGACCUAUCCAACAAUUAAGAUACUUAAAUAUAAGUGAUGUAAAUAUAAAUAACACAAAAGUUUUGAAGAAAUUUACUUCAAUGUGAUUUCUUAUGUAAGAUUUUAAUAAGAGCAUAAUUUUUGAACGUAAAUGAUAAAAAAAUACUGCAUUUUAAAAUAUUAAACAGUUUUAACGAAAUGUGUCAUUUAUUUAUAUAUAUAUAUAUAUAAAAUUAUGCGUAUAAAUUUUAUACGCACAAUGUUUUUAUAUAUUUUGAGUAGAGGCAUUUUAUUUAAAUAAAAAAAUAUAUGAACAGAAAGUAACAAAUUUUAAGAUACAUUAUUAAUGCACUGGAAACAUAAAGAUGCCUAUGUAUUCUUACAAUUAAAUAUGAGUAACUUUCCAAGAUGGCUAUAAAAUCAGAUGCAAUGUAUAUUUUGAAAGCCUAUUUUCCGUAUAAUUCAAAGUAACUCAAAUAUAUAUUAGUACACUAUUCCCACCUUAAGAAAUGAAUGUAUAUCUGAAUAUAGAAUAAAAUUUCUAAUAUACUGAA